AUGAGGCUGGUAUUGAUCUGCUCUCUGCUCUCUUUUCUCCUGGCAGAGCACGGCUGGGCAGACACCCGCGCCAUCGGGGCGGAGGAGUGCAGCCCCAACUCGCAGCCCUGGCAGGCCGGCCUCUUCUUCCUCACCCAUCUAUUCUGCGGGGCGACCCUCAUCAACGACCGCUGGCUGCUCACCGCCGCCCACUGCCGGAAGCCGUAUCUGUGGGUCCGUCUCGGGGAGCAUCAUCUCUGGCAGUGGGAGGGUCCAGAGCAGCUGUUCCGGGUCACGGACUUCUACCCCCACCCCGGGUUCAACAAGGACCUCAGUGCCCACGACCACAACGAUGACAUCAUGCUGAUCCGUCUGCCCAGGCGGGCGCGCCUGAGUCACACUGUGCAGCCCCUCAACCUCAGUGAGACCUGUGUCUCCCCAGGCACCCAGUGCCUCAUCUCAGGCUGGGGGGCCGUGUCCAGCCCCGAGGUGCAGUACCCAGAAACGCUGCAGUGUGCCAACAUCAGCAUCCUGGAUCCCAAGCUCUGCCAUCACGCAUACCCAGGCCACAUCUCGGACAGCAUGCUCUGUGCCGGCCUGUGGGAGGGGGGCCGCGGCUCCUGUCAGGGUGACUCUGGAGGCCCCCUGGUUUGCAAUGGGACCCUGGCGGGCGUGGUGUCUGGGGGUGCAGAGCCUUGCUCCAGACCCAGGCGUCCUGCCGUAUACACCAGCGUAUGCCGCUACGUGGACUGGAUCCGAAAGACCAUGGAAGAAAACUGA